CAGAUCUAUCGAGAGCAUCCGCACCGCUGCUUUAAAAUCGAAAAUAAUUGACCACGGACUCGCAGUACCAGCACAUUAAGGCGGAUUUUGAUUAAUAAUACUCAAUUCAAGUGGAUAGUAAAUGUGUCAUCAGCCUGCAGCAUAUAUACUUCUGGCAUCUACUACUAGAGCAUCCCCCACCCUUAACACAGUUCAAAAGGGGACUGAAGGAAUGACACGAGGCUAAGGCCAGAGUAGACAGUAUACACAGGGGGAACGUUUUACCUGCACCACCACACUUUUACUUAUUGACUACCUACUAGAACUUAGAAGGACAGUUUUGCAGCCACACCCUGCACACUGCACAAAAUCACCGCACAAAUUAUGAAGAUACUCUAUCAAGAGGCCGGUACUCAACUGGAAGAAGAUACUGGUACAUUCAUCUUCUGACUUGAUUCCUAUCAGGAUGCUGCUGUAAGAAGUAAGAAUCUGUUCUUCAAUCAUUAUCAUCAUCAUCAUCAGGUUAUUGCCAUUAUCGUCAGCAGCAGCAGCAACUUCAGCAACAAUUUCAUCACCAUCAUCAUCACCACCACCAUCACCACCACCAUCACCACUGGUAUCAUCCUCCUCUCCCCAUCACCAUGGCAACUCUUAAAGGGAAGAUUGGCUACCCCAUCCUCGGAGACAGCUCUGUGGAGUUCUACCGCAAUGUACCGCUAUACGUCAACAGCCGAAUCGAGGAGUACGGAGCCAGGAUCUUCCAGGCGAGGAUUCUCAACAAACCCACCGUCUUUGUGUGCUCAGCAAAUGCAGUCAAGGAGUUAUUGACUGAACACCACACUAAGAUGGAUCUGGGAUACAAGGCCAUGCUUCACCAUCUCUAUGGCGAUAACAUCAUGUUUGAAGAAGCAGCCGAGGCAAACAGACUUCAUGCUCUCAUGCACCACGUCUUCAUCCAGAAUGCCCUGCUAAACUUUGACAGCAUCGUCCAGAAGUUCAUCCAGAGGCAUUUCAGUGAUUUGCAUUCCAGGCCCUCUGUUCAGGUGUAUGAGACAUUCAAACUGUUUGCGACUGAGCUCAUGUUGGCGCUGUUCCUUGACCUUGACGUUUCUGAUUCUGCAGACCUGGUUCAUGAUGUAGCGUCGUUGGCAACCACACAUUGGCAUGGAGUGAUUUCUGUUCCCAUGAACUGGAGUGUUUCAUAUUGGUCAUCAUCCUGCAAACGAGCUGUAGAAGCAAAGGACAAACUAUUGGAGCGAAUACGAGAUCGUCUCGCCAGCCAGACAGACGAGGGCUCUUUCCUAACGAGGGCCAGGGAAGCUGGAUUCAAGGACCAUGCAGAGCUUGAACAGCAUAUCCUGCCCUUUGUAUCAGCAUUGGUCCCUAAAGCAAUAGCUUCCCUCCUGGCAUCUUUCACUCUUGCUCUCUGCUCUGAAAACCAGGAAGACAUGCAAGAGAAGGCAAGAGAGAGCAGUGAUUAUCUGGAUUGGUGUUUACUGGAGACGGAACGGCUCUGGCCUCCGGUGCUAGGAGGGAGAAGACUCGUCAGAGAGGAUUUCGUGCUGGAUGGCUACAAAGUCCCUAAAGGCUACGCAGUCAUCUACGUCUCAUCCAUCGCCCAUAGAGAUCCUAAUGUAUUCAAGAACCCAAACAGCUUUGAUCCAACGAGAUGGGCAAACAAGCGCACUGAGAAGGAGAAACUGUUAUUUUGCUAUGGUGAUGGGCCAAGGUGCUGUGUUGGUACAUCCCUCAUGAAAAACUUGAUCAAGAAGGUGAGCCAAUACUUGGUGGGUCAUUACAACUGGACAUUAGGUGACCAAGAGGAAGAUCUUGAUUACAAAUGGCUACCCAUGGCUAGACCAAGAGAACUCUCCGUCAGUUUCACUAGAAUCGACCAAUCAGAGGCCUCAUCUGAACUGGCAGGGAGCGACUAGCCUAUGGGCACAGAAUCUACUUUGAAACUCGAACACAAUCAGAUGAAACCUUGCGCCUUGAGCCUAGCCUGGCUGUCAGGAGCUGAAUUUUCUGUCACCUUCACUUGAUUUGACCAAUCAGAGGCCUUGUCUGAACCAGCACAGAGCGACAGUCCUAGUCAUAGGAACAUCUCUUCUUUGACACCCAAACACGAUGCCAUAAAGCCGAGCCUAGCUCCAUUUUGUCAGUCUUGGGCUGCGCUGCGUCAAGAGCAGUGACAACACAUGGCUUAUGGAUGGACUGCAAUCUCCUUAGUCUUGCAUUUCAGACCCUCUAUUACGUGUUAUCAUAACUUGCUGUUCUUGUAUAGAGCAGAUCACAUAACGAUAUGACAUCUCUAUGCACUUGCAGAGGAUGUGGCAUAUUGUUCCCCCCCACUUUAAAUCUGGCUGCUUGGCGCAUUCAAUUGGAUUGGAACCCUGUACUUUAUGAAUCACAGUUCAGAUACUUAUCCACUGGACCACUAGUUAGCAAAAUAAAUGGCUAGUUUAUGUUGGAUUGUGAUGGUGCAAAGCUAUUGUGCAAGAACUUUCCUAUGAGAGAGGUCCAACGAAAAUAACAGCACCAAAAAUGAGUGAUGGUUACUGAUGAUCAUUACGAGUGAGAUUGCAUAAUUAAUAAUUGUGAAGUAAAAUAACCUUAAUUAAAAGCAUUAUUACGUUCAAAGCAGCUUUUCCCCCUUUUUUGCAAUUCAGAAAGAAUUUUAAAUCAUUGUGCAAUCUACAAAUAUACUUCUUCUUCCACCUCAUGUAAUCUGUUAAGUGCUAUGCAACCAGUCACUUAACCAUGUGGAUAUUAAUAAAUACAAGAACAAAGAUGAUAUAUUUUUACUAAAAUUACAAUAGCUACUCAACAUACAGUUGUAAUCAUGUCAUAAAAACUGCCAAUGGAUGAGAGUAGCUAUGCUGUACUGGAGUUAUCAAAUUUUGUUUUGUCGGGGAAAACAAAUAUGUUCGAAACUUGAAGAACUCUCUAAUGAAUUUGCUGCAUUCACAGUUUUGCGGACAUGUUAUGAUUUAUUAAAGAAGUUGUUCAUACAAAGUAUUCAUGAAAUGUGUUCUGAAGCGUAAGAACUCUGAAAAUAAACUUGCCUAAGAUAUGCCUUAAUUUUGAAAUUUUGUAAGCCAAGACUGUAAAUUUAGAUUGAUGAAACCUAAAAUGGGCAACAAAUGGAAUGUUGCAAUGUAAUUCAGAUCUGAUAUGUGUACCCAUACAAAAUGUAAUCUAAAGUCCAAGAAGUUGAUAAAUUGUUUGUUUUUAGUAUAUGGCAAUGAAAUUCUACGCAAGUAAUAAAUCAUUCCGAACUUAUGAGAUCAUUGUAAAUUAAGUUGUUCAUAUCAGCUGUAAAACUCAUACAUGAUCUGUUUGUGGAAAACUGUUAACAUUACCUAUAGAAGUUGUUAAGUUUAUUCUAUUGUCACUCUGUAUGUUAUUGAUAUUUGAUAUGUGUUAUAUUUUCAUUAGCAGUACUAUUAAUCUAUGUGUGUCUUUUUCUAUUAGGUGCUUUCGUAUUUGUAUAAAGAGACUGAUUUCUUUCACUACUUAUAUUUAAAACAAUGUUUUGUAGAAAGAUGUGUGAGAAACAUUUAUAUUUUUCCUUAUAUCAUUCCAAAUACCUCAAAUCAUGUUACUGUCAUUUCUUGUGUGGAUAUAUUGAACUACUUGUAGUAGAUAUCACUUUAAAAACGAAAUAGGAAGACAAGUUUCCUAGAAUCCUAGUGCAUACUUUACCAGAGCUGCCAACCCAUACGAUUUUUAGAAGUAAAUACAACUGUAGCAUCUUCAUCAAUAAAAUAAUUUUUUCCACAAAAAAAAAACAAAAAACACACACCAGUCAUGACGAAAUCAUGCAUAUUCAACCAAUGAUACAUCAAAAAUAUUCUUCCUGUAUGUAGGAACUUAUGCAAAAACAUCCAUGUUCGCGGUGAGAAAGUACUAUCGAUCAUGUUUUGGGGAAAAGAAUAGGAUUUUUGUUCAGUUGAGGUUGGCAGCUCUGUAAGAGACAUUGAUCUGCGUAUCAGUCUGCGUUUUUUUAAAAUACAAUAUUAUUCAGUAAAAUACACCUUUUAGGAUUAAAGAAUACAGCUUUUGAAUUCCAGAGGUUGGCAGCCAGGUCUGCUUUAGAAGCACAAAUUUUCUUUGAGGCUGGUAUUGAUAUGCAUUGUUUGCUGAGAACCAGAAGGGUCUUUAUUUGUAUACUUUGAUGCAGAUGAUAUGUUGCAUGUACACGUAGGAUUGUUUCAUUAAGUGUGCAAUACAUGUGGUUCCAUAUUAUGCAACUCACUCAUAGAUCAAAAUCAAAUGAUUUAUUUUAGUAAAAUGCAAUCCAUUUAUUUUACUGAGACUAUCCCAUGCUCUUUCAUGAAAAAAAGUGGAAUAGUUUCCAGAACUAUCCAACAAUUUUUAAGUAUGCAAUGCGCAUCAGUGCGCAUCAAGGUUAGUGUGCUUAUACUGUGUUUUGGCCUACGUGUAUACUUACACAGCACUGCACAGAAAAAAGCGUAAAGAGGUUAGUGUACUUAUCUGUGUGUGCACUAAAGUAAGCCUAUUAACAUUGGGGCUUAUUUGUCAGUGGUAAUGACACAAAACAAUCUUGAAAUUAAUUAUUUUGUAAUAUCAAAUAACUAUGGUCUAGGAGUUUCGACGCAUGAAACAAAUGAUGCGUGUUUUCAUUUGUUCAUUACAGGAUCUAUCACUCUCGUUGAGGCUGUAUAUGAACCUAUCGUACAUAUAUCCUAUUAAUGCCCAGGGGCGGAUCUACAGGGGGGGGGGGGUUAAGGGGUUAGAUCAACCCAUUAUGCGGCUACAGCCUCAACUCAAGUGUAGGUAGAUCUUGUAAUGAACUAAUUUGCAUGCAUCAUUUGUAUGGUAAUGUUCAUUGCUGCUGCAUCUCAUGGAACUUGCCAUGAAUUUCAUAUCUGCACAAAAUGUAUUCUACUCUACUUUAUUUCAAAUUUGAUGUUUUAUAUAUGUGAUAACCCUUAAUUAUAUUUGAAUUUAUCAAAGAAUAGUUUAUAAAAUACUAAAUUAUCUAAUUAAACAAUGAGAUGUUGAUGUAAAUGCAUCAUGUGCUACAUUUACAUGUAGGUCUAUUUAAAUCCUUUAAUGAUAUGAUGCAUUUUAUAGGACAAUAAUCAUGGAAUUUGUGAAAAUUAAUGCCAUGUAUAAUACAAGAUUAAUGAAUGCUGCAUGUACCCGGUACUUUUUAUAUCCAGCUUAAUUGCUGUAUUAAAUAAGUAUUAAACUUGACCAUGAAUCUUAAUAAUUCAGAGCACAAUAUAUUUUCUCUGUGACAUGAGAGAAACAUUAAUCGCUUCAUUCUUUUAAUUAAAUGUAAUGUUAAUUGUUAUUGUGUAAAGUGGGGGCACGCUACAAGAGUCCUAUCUCGCACCCCGGGGCAACGUGUCUCACACGGCCGGUUGUAGCAACUACUCUGAAGAUCAAGAUACAUUCAUCUGAUCUAAGGAGACACGAACGAACGAGAGCACAGACAUACAUCAUCUGAUUGGAACCAGAAGGACUUUAACUCGUAUACUGUUAGAUUAAACACAGAGUUAACACCCUUCUGGCUCUGAACAGAUGUCAUGUAAUUGGUGUUUAAUAUUACACUCUACAUCAUGCCCUGUGAGGCCUUGGUGUGCUAUUUUAAGCCCUACUGUACUACUUAUAGCUACUUGCUCCCUCUAUAUAGAAAACAAUGCCUAAUCGGUGCCUGUUGGUCCCUUAUGAUCCUCUUUUUCUUAUGUUAGUUGAGAGCUGAGUUCAUGAGAUAGCCACCUGUCAGUGACCUCGCUGGGUGGUCUAGUACAGAUGGUCUUUAAGUGUGGUGCAUGUAGGUGUCUGAAAUAUGCUAAAUUUGUAUAAAUGUGUGCUCUUAGCUAGUAUGCGAGAUUAAACCCACCCCAUAGUUUAUAAAUAGAAUGGCAAAUGAUAUUAGUAAUACGAAGAGUACAUGUUUGAAUAAUUGUCUCAGGAAGAUCAGAUUCCCCUCAAUGGAGAUACUUGUAGAUUGUGCUAUUACCAUGUAAAUGACGCCUGGCUGGAAGACUCCCCAGGGAGUGGAGAAUGUGCAUACAUUGUGUGUGGGUAAGCCUGAAUCCAAUGAACGGGUAAUAUAUCUGUAAAGCGCUUUGAGAGGGCUUGCGGUCGUGAAAAGCACUGUAUAAGAAUGAACUAUUAUUAUUAUUAUUAUUAUUAUCACAAUCAUCACAAUGAUAGCAACAUGUAUUUAAAUGUUUUAUGCAAGAUCAAACUCACCUGUUUGGUAUAUAGAAUGAAAGAUUAUUAGUGUAUAGAGUUAAAAAUAAUUAAAGAAUUGUCUAAGGAAUAUUAUAUUUCUCUACAUAGACUCGGAUCAUGUUUUUAAUAUGUAAAUGAUUUCACAAUGAUAGGUAUAUGUAUUCAACAGUUCUAGGCUGUCUCGUAAUUAGACACUGGGGCCAACUCAGACUCAGUGGAAAAUCAUGGUUGAGUUAUCCAGGAGAGCUGAAUUGAUCGCAAGUACUCAGGUUAAUUUUGCAUCCAGUCUAUUACGUCUUUUAGAAAAACUCACAUUAAAAUUAUUCUAUAGGAAUGUGUAUUAAAAUAGUACCAACAAGUUAAGAAAGUUUGAAAUAAAUAAAUUCUUCAAAACAUGAAAUGUA